UUUCACAUGUUAUAGGUUAAGUCAAAUUUCGUUCAACAAAACAAAAACAUAUUUUAGUACUAGCGGCAGAGACUAGCUGUUACCACAUAGUAAAAUAAACUACAAUUUUGAAUUUUCUGAGCAAAGUUAAAACAAACCGUGCAAAAUGUCGUAUAUGUUAGCUCAUUUGCACAACGGCUGGCAAGUAGACCAAGCAAUUUUAUCGGAAGAAGAUAGAGUAGUGGUAAUCAGAUUUGGACACGAUUGGGACCCUUCCUGUAUGAAAAUGGACGAAGUCCUCUACAGCAUUGCGGAGAAGGUUAAAAACUUUGCCGUUAUCUAUUUAGUUGAUAUAACGGAAGUUCCAGAUUUCAAUAAAAUGUACGAGUUAUAUGAUCCCUGUACAGUAAUGUUUUUCUUCAGGAAUAAGCACAUAAUGAUAGAUUUGGGUACGGGUAAUAACAACAAAAUCAAUUGGCCCUUAGAAGAUAAACAGGAAAUGAUAGACAUUGUUGAAACUGUGUAUAGAGGUGCGAGAAAAGGCCGAGGUUUAGUCGUAUCACCCAAAGAUUAUUCUACAAAAUAUCGAUAUUAAAGUUUUAAAUUAUUUAUCAUUUAGUCGAAUAAUAUUUAACUGAACGUCGAUUAAAAAGAAAUUGUAAACUUAACAAGGUUUUUAAUUUAU